AUGGGCUGGCCAUCGCUUCACGGCCUACGAAUUGCUGCUUUGAUGGGCGCUAGACGGCCAACUAGCGCUGGUACCUCAACUCCCCACACUCUUCCCCCCCGCUGACCCUCUAAACAUCCAAGCCAUUCCCCCUCCUCCAUACUAAAUGCCUCCCUUCUUCUCCUACACCACCCUUCCCAACUAACGGAGAGUCCCUACCCCAUGCGUAACUUCUCGGAGUAUCUCGUGGAGCUGGUCGACCUGGAGCCGUUGCCAUUUGCAGACGAAGAUGCGUGGGAGUUACAUCGGGCGCUGUACCGAUCGGUGGUGUUGGGCAUGUUCCGAUUCUACAUGGAGCACAAGGAGCACAACGUCGGCGAGCACUUGUUCGUGUACUACGUGAUUUCGAAACCCAAGCUGGAGCUGACGGAGGGGACAGUGGCGUUAUACCCCUUCAGGAAUAUCGGAACGGACAUGCUGGGACUGUUGGAGCUCAUCCGAAUUGAGCUGCUGUCCAUUGCGCAAGUGAUCGCCAUCGAGGAAGGCGACCUCCAACUCCGGUUGCAAACAGCAUCGGCUCCAAGGAGAACGUACCACGCGGUGGUUAUACCAGAUUAGAUCACGCAAACGGGAGAAAAGGUGAUAGACCUCAACUACGAGAAUCAGCGUCGGCCUCCCUCGUCCUAUCCAAGAUCGUGCCCCCCAAAGACACCGAGGAAGGCCCUCAAGAAGAGGCGUCGGCAACCAUCACCGGAAGCGCAAGGAAGCUGAGUAGGACCAGGUGAAGAAGUAGUCUAGCCAGUGCCUGUGAGGAAGUCCGACCCCGUACCGGAGAGUAAAGCCACACCGAUCGA